AUGCGCACCACUUCGAUCGUCGUCCUCUUCACCUUGGCCUCGGGCGCCUUGAGCAUGCCGGCCCACGCCGACAACACGGCACCAGCCACCGGAACCCACACGAUCAAGACCGGAUCCGGCAAAGCUGCCGCGACCAACGCCGGACCCGGGAGUCUCAAGCGCACAAAGACUUGCGAUGUUCACCUGACCUGGGGAGAGGGAUACCUCGACUACAAAGAUUACAUAGCCCAGGGCUUGUUCCUUUGCAGCCAGUUGGGCGGCAAAUGGCCCGGCAAAAGCGAAUUGACGGGAGCAGUCCGGUGCACUGAGGUCCCAUUGUCCGUAAGCAGAAUCGGCACGGUUUGGGCUAGGCUCAAGAACGGCAUGGCGCACCAGCUACAGUACGGCUGCCUUGGCGACGACUGA